AUGCGCAACUCCCCCUUCCUGCGCGACGCCCCCGCCAUGGACAUCGGGCCACCCGCCGCAUCCCCCCGCGCGCCCCCGACGCCGCUGCCGCCGGGCGGCGGCAGCGGCGGCUUCGGCGGCGGGCCUGGUGCCGGGGCGCUGCUGGGGGCGGUCAACUCGGUCGGCGGCGGCGGGCCGGUGCCGGCGUUCGAGGACCCGCCGAUCUGGCAGGAGAUCUUCAGGUUCCUGCGCAACCCCCGCAAGCCUGUCAUCCUGGCCAUGAGCCGUCCCGAUGCCAAGAAGAACAUCACCACCCUGGUCCGGGCCUAUGGGGAGAACAGGGCGCUGCGGGACAUUGCAAACCUUGUGCUCGUCAUGGGCAACCGCAAGGUCAUCGAUGGCAUGGCCGCCAGCAGCGCCAAGGUCCUGGAGAGUGUGUUGAAGAUGGUAGACGCCUACGAUCUGUACGGCAGGUGA